AUGACUCUCAAGAACUUGCUGGCCGGUCUGCUGCUGGCGGCGCCUCUGGCGUUCGCCCACCCGGGCAAGGAGGAGGUGUACGCCCACGCGGCGCAACCGCUCGAGCGCAAGUCGCUCGCCCACUGCGAGAAGGAGUUCUCGCACCCCGAGUUCGUCAGGAAGACGGUCGAGAUCCACGGACGCGAACUGGCCCGGCUGCGGCGAUCGCUGGGCAUCGUGGAAGACAACUUGGAGAAGCCCAAGCUGCAUCCGCGCGACUACAUCUCGGUGUCCAAGAUCGACCACAAGAGCAACAAGACGGUCACCAAGGGCAUGGAUCUGAGCACGCUCUUCACGGACUCGGGCGCCUGCAUGUUGACGCCGUCUGUCGACCAAGGCCCGCUGUACGUGAAAGGCGAGGAGAUCCGGAAGAACAUUACCGGCGGCGAGGCCGGCAUCAAGUUGACGCUGGCCAUCCAAGUGGUCGAUUACAAGACGUGCAAGACGGUGCCGAACGCUUAUGUGGACAUAUGGAGCUCCAACUCGACCGGCAUCUAUGUCGGCGUGCAAGGCUACCCGGGCAUGGGCGACCCGAAGGACUCGUCGAUCCUGAUGGGCACGACGCUGCGCGGCGUGCAGCCGACCGACGACCACGGCAUCGCCUCCUUCGACUCGCUCAUGCCGGGCCACUACACAGGACGGGCGACACACAUCCACGCAAUCGUCUACAUCGGCGCGACCAAACAGCCCAACAACACAAUUACCGGCGGCCACGCCGCGCACGUGGGGCAGCUGUACUUCGACCAGUCGCUGCUGACAGCGGUCAACUCCCUGGCGCCGUACAACACCAACACGAUGCGCGUGACGCCCAACACGGCCGACUACCUGUUCAUGCAGGGGGCCAACGGGGACGACCCGAUCGUGCGGUACGCGCUGGUGGGCAACGAGCUGUCGCAGGGCAUGUUCGCGUGGAUCCGCUUCGGCAUCGACCAGCAGGCCAGCAAGACGGUCAACCCGGCCGCCUUCUGGACCGACAAGGGCGGCGUCAUGAACCCCAACGGCCCCGUCGCCCAGCUCACCGGCGGCGGCUUCGGAGGCGGCUUUGGCGGCUGGCCUGGCUGGGGCGGCGGGAAGAAGCAGCGGGCUGCGGAGAAAGAGGACAAGGAGGAGGAGGAGGAGGAGGAGGUUGAGAAGGAGGAGUGA